AACUAAGCGGCAGAAACUGGAAGCCCACGGGAAGCUUGGAUGCCACGGGAGGGAGGACUGGAAGGGCUGGGUCCUCUAAUAGGACCACUUACUGGAAUAUUUCUGAGGUAUCUUGGGAAAGAGCCACAAGUCUUGGAUUCUGAAGUCUUUACAGUUCAACAGAACCACCCUCCAGGGAGGCUUUACCAGACAAGAACAAUGGAGACCAGCGGGAAGCUCAUUUGCAGACAAAGGCAAGUCCUUUUAUUCAUUCUCCUCUUGGGUUUAUCUCAGGCAGGCUUGGACCCUAGGCGCUAUUCUGUGGUGGAGGAAACUGAGGGUCAUGCAUUUGUAACCAAUUUAGUAAAGGACCUGGGUCUGGGUCAGAGGGAACUCUCCAAGCGGGGAGCUAGGGUCAUUUCCAAAGGGAACAAACUACAUUUGCAGCUUGAUCGGGAAACUGGAGAUCUGUUGCUAAAUGAAAAACUGGACCGGGAGGAAUUGUGCGGUCACACGGACCCCUGUGUGCUGCAUUUCCAGGUGUUGCUAGAAAAUCCCUUAAAGUUUUUUCAAGCUGAGUUACAGGUAAUAGACAUAAAUGACCAUUCCCCAGUAUUCAUAGACAGAGAUAUGUUGUUAAAAAUAUCAGAGAGCAGUCCACCUGGAACUACAUUUCCACUGAAGAACGCUCAGGAUAUGGACGUGGGCCGAAAUAAUAUUGAGAACUAUGUAAUUAGCCCCAAUUCCUACUUUGGGGUCCUUACCCGAAAACGCAGCGAUGGCAGUAAAUAUCCUGAAUUGGUGCUGGACAAAGCCCUAGAUCGGGAGCAGGAACCUGAGCUCAGGUUAACCCUUACAGCUCAGGAUGGCGGCUCUCCACCCAGGUCUGGCAUUGCUCAGAUCUACAUCGAAGUCGUGGACAUCAACGAUAACGCCCCCGAAUUUGAGCAGCCUCUAUAUAGGGUACAGAUUCCUGAGGACAGUCCCAUUGGCUUCCUGAUUGUCACAGUCUCUGCUACCGAUGUAGACACAGGAAUCAACGGAGAGAUUUCCUAUUCACUUUUCCAGGCUUCUGAAGAGAUUUGCAAAACCUUUGAGAUCCACCACAAGACAGGAAAAAUUCGACUGAAAAAACAACUUGAUUUCGAAAGAAUACAGUUCUAUGAGGUCAAUAUUGAGGCCAGAGAUGCUGGCAGCCUUUCCGGAAAAUGCACCGUUCUGACUCAAGUCAUGGAUGUGAACGACAAUGCCCCGGAAGUCACCGUGUCUGCAUUUACUAGACAUAUACCUGAGAACUCGCCUGAGGCUGUGGUUGCAGUUCUCAGUGUUUCAGACCUUGAUUCAGAAGAAAACGGGAAAAUAAAUUGCUCCAUUCAAGAUGAUCUACCCUUUCUUCUGAAAUCUUCCUUGGAAAAUUUUUACACCCUAGUAACAGAGAGACCACUGGAUAGAGAGAGCCAGGCCGAGUACAACAUCACCAUCACCGUCACCGACCUGGGGACCCCCAGGCUGAAAACCCAGCACAACAUAACGGUGACGGUCUCCGACGUCAACGACAACGCCCCGGCCUUCAGCCAAGCCGCCUACACCCUGCGGGUGCGCGAGAACAACAGCCCCGCCCUGCACAUCGGCAGCGUGAGCGCCACGGACAGAGACUCGGGCGCCAACGCGCAGGUCACCUACUCGCUGCUGCCGCCCCAGGACCCGCAGCUGCCGCUGGCCUCGCUGGUGUCCAUCAACGCGGACAACGGGCAGCUGUUCGCGCUCAGGUCCCUGGAUUUCGAGGCGCUGCGGGCGUUCGAGUUCCGCGUGGGCGCGGCCGACCGCGGCUCGCCGGCGCUCAGCAGCCAGGCGCUGGUGCGCGUGCUGGUGGUGGACGACAACGACAACUCGCCCUUCGUGCUGUACCCGCUGCAGAACGGCUCCGCGCCCUGCACCGAGCUGGUGCCCAGGGCGGCCGAGGCGGGCUACCUGGUGACCAAGGUGGUGGCGGUGGACGGCGACUCGGGCCAGAACGCCUGGCUGUCGUACCAGCUGCUCAAGGCCACGGAGCCCGGGCUGUUCGGCGUGUGGGCGCACAGCGGCGAGGUGCGCACGGCCAGGCUGCUGAGCGAGCGCGACGCCGUCAAGCACAGGCUGGUGGUGCUGGUCAAGGACAAUGGCGAGCCGCCGCUGUCGGCCAGCGUCACGCUGCACGUGCUGCUGGUGGACGGCUUCUCGCAGCCCUACCUGCCGCUCCCGGACGCGGCGGCGGCCGAGGCCCGCGCCGACCCGCUCACCGUCUACCUGGUGGUCGCCUUGGCGUCGGUGUCGUCGCUCUUCCUGUUCUCGGUGCUGGUGUUCGUGGCGGUGCGGCUGUGCAGGAGGAGCCGGGCGGCGUCGGGGGGCGGCUGCUCGGUGCCCGAGGGCCCCUUUCCGGGCCACCUGGUGGACGUCAGCGGCGCGGGGACCCUGUCCCACAGCUACCAGUACGAGUUCACAGCUGACUGUUGUGAAGGAAAUCUACAGAGAUGACUUCUCGCUCUGUAA